ACAGGAGGAAGUACCAUUUCUGCUCUGAAAAAUAAGUUACUGUACAAGAUGGGAACAGCAAUACAGCUUGUCUUCUUUCUCUACAUUUUGGUCCCCUUAACCGUGUGUGAUGAAGUUUUUAAGCUGGUUAACAGUUCUGUACAACUGGACAUACCAGAACAUUUGGAUAAGUCCUUCGAUCUUUUCUGGACAUUUAACAAAGACAUUAACAUUGUGAGAUAUAUUGAAAAUUCCCCAACUAAAGUAUUUGACAGAUAUAAAGACAGGGUGGAGUUCAAUGAGAAAACCUACAGUCUGACACUGAAGAACCUACAGAAGAGUGAUAGUGGAAUCUAUGAAGCAAAAGAAUUUGGGGACCGCAGUGUAACUGUCGCGACGUACCAAUUAAAGGUGUUGGAUCCAGUGGAGAAACCAGUACUUACUGCUUCUCUCCAAAGUAAUGACACCUGCAAUGUGACUCUCACCUGUGAAGCUCAGAAUCUCUCAGUAACCUCUCACUGCUACAACGAAAGCUGUGAUAUGACAGAAAAGAAAACAUCUGGAGACACGUUUCAUUUCCUCUCACUGUAUGUUAAUAAAAGUUUUAUCAUUUGCAAUCACAGCAACCCAGUGAGCUGGAAAAAUGACACUAUGGAGAUAAAACAUGUGAAACAACUCUGCCCUCCUGAAGAAAUUAAACCAAAGGAGACUUCAGGUCAAAUGAAAAAAAUAUUAAUAAAUUGUGCAGUCAUCUUCCUUGUCAUCUUCCUUGUCAUCAUCAUCAUCUCUGUAUUUCGCUGGCUGAAGAAAAAAGCUAUUUGUCAAAACAGGAAGACUGAUGCGGUGCCAGAUUCUGUCAACACAAUCUAUGAAGAAGUUGAUGCUAAAAACAAGGGGGGGAAAAAAGCAGAGUCAGUUGAGAUGUCAGAGAACCAUGCAACUCCUUCUACUGUGUACUAUACUGUCGGGAUGCCAGUCCCCACUUGUAGUAAUGAUGAGAGCACUGGAAUGGACAUCAAGAAAGAGAACCCCAGUGACAGCAAAUUCUAUAAAACUCAUCAAAAUGAAGGAGGACAAUGGAACGCUGAUUCAGCGGACUUACCACAAACCAUUUAUUCUACAGUGAACAAGGCUGGUAAAACCUGUGUGUGAAGCAUGAACAUGUCUUUAUGUUCCAUUAAACAUUUUCCAUACAGAAUGUGAAAUACCUCAAGGAUUCUGGACAAAUUUGAUGAUUGUAGUGAUGAUUAUGUAUGUAGAGGCAUAAAUGCCACAAAUGUCUGUGGCAUAAGACCAGAAUGCCUUAAAAGGUCUUGUUAUUUUGUAAUAUUCUUUUUUUUAUUCAUACAUUUUGUUGAUUAUUGUUUAGUUUUAAGUUUUGUUAAUUAUUGUAAGUAUGAUUGUUAGAGGGGGAAAAUGGUAGGCCUUCAGUAAUGUAACAAUUUACCAGGACUUAUCAAUUUAUGACCAAGUGUUCAUGUCCGUGGAUGAUCUACUGUAUCUCCAGAAGUGUAUGAUCAGUUUAUUGUUUUUGUUUUGUUUUUAAUUGUCUUGAAUUGAUAGAGAGCUAUAGAUUUUUGUAAAUAUUUUGUAUAGAUAUAAGUAUUAUGUUUUAAAUCUGUCUGUCUGUCUAUCUGUCUGUCUUUUUUACUAUUUUAAAAUAUUUUAAGAUGCCAUGGCUGCAAAACACCAAAGUCAGCUUAAAUGACAUGUUCACAGUAUAUACAGUAAAUAAAAAACAAAAUGAAAAUUUA